AAUUUACUUGUGCGCAUGCGCUCUACCCAUUUUCACUAUCUUUCAAUAUGGCGCCGAAAGCGACAAAAGAUUGACUAUCGAAUAAUUGAAUUGCUUUCAUACAAAAAGUUGAGGAAGACAACUUUCUAAAUUUAGCAGAUACACUCAGCAUAUCAAGAACUACACAAGUAUAGAGAAUGGCUGAAGUGAAGAGAUACGGUGGUAGAUCUUACAGUAAAAAUCAACAACAGCAGGAGUCUGCUGCUAGUAAAGCCUUUGAUGAUAUAUUUGCUAAACCAAAAGCUACCAACUUAAAAUGGGGAAAUGCUUCAUAUGCUAAACCAAGGAAUGAGGACGAAACAAAUGGAAAGAAACAAAAAGCAGACCUUGAAGAGGUGAGCGAUCCUUUCAGUUUCGAGUUUGAUUCCGAUAAAUCUCCGAAGAAGAAACCAAAGUUGCAGCCGCGAACAGUGGUGAUGCAGCCAGCGGUAAGAAUUGCAUCAGCUAGUAAAUCAGCCACAAAUCCUAGGUCACAAUCAGCUUUAGAUGAUGAUGCCCCUGGGGAUGACUUAAUUGUAAGAAAAGGAAAUGUGCGAACUUACACAAAAAGAGCUGGACGUAAAAUAAAAGAGGAACAGGAGACAAGUCAGCCAACUUUGGACAAGUUUGUAAAAACUGACGUCAGGAAACAGAGGUCCAUGCAUUCAACAGAUUCCUCUCACGGAACACCUACAAGCAGUUCAGAUACACUUGAUACUGCUGAGACCAGUGAUGAUCUUGAUGAUGAUCUUUACAUUGAGAAUGAUGAUGGGUUAUCACAUGAAACCACACAGGAAGAAAUCUUCUCUCAGCCUGUUGAAGAAGAGGAAAACAUUUUCAAGAGGCCAAAACGUGACCCGCAUCACUCAGUUAUGAAUAGUGAAGGGGAAGAAAUUACUGUAAAAUUCCGUAGUCAGUACCUCAACCCUGAUGUGUAUUCAAAAUUCACAGAAAAUGUGAAGCCCAAAGACCCUGUUGGGGCUCUGUCCAAUAGUAAAGUUGUACAUAAAAAUGUUCUAAAGCAUGAUUCAGGCACAACGUUAAUCGUUGUCUGUUCUCCAAAAGUUGGUGAUGCAGAUCUUAAACAAACAAACACACAAACAAAGUAUUUCAAAGAUAAUAUUAGAGACAUUGUGAAAGCCAAAAACAAGCCUGUUGAAAGACUCACACGCUCAAGGAAAGCUAAACAGAAAAAGGUUGAAGUAGAUCCUUAUGAAAUGGAAGAUGAUCCCGAACCCGGUGAUAUUGACGAAACUGAAGAAGAAUCUCCCAUAGUUAUUUCAUCAAGUGAAGCAAGUGAGGCUGUGGUACCAGAGCCUGAAGAGGAAACACCUGUUACUGAAACUGUAGAAGAACCUCCUCAAAGAGUGAAUGUUGAUGAAGUUGUCAAACAAGUAAAGGCAGCUCCACCAAGGAAAUAUCAUCGUAUAUUUCGGUCAAGGAACAAAGGUUAUAUGGAAGCACAAGAAGCUCAGGAGGCUGCUGAGGCUGUAGAAGUAAAAGAUGAAGCUAAAACUGACAGUCCUAGUGUAAAAGAGAGUCAAGAGACCAUAGAGGAAAGUCAGGAAAAUGGGGGAACUAGUGAAGAAGUAAUGGAAACACAGGAGAGUGAACAAGGAGAGAGUUUAAAGCUUCCAUUGUUGAUAAAUGUCAAUGAAGAAAAUACUGACAGUGACAUAGACAGUUCCCAACCGUCUACAAUGUCUGACAGUCAAGGGGCUGACAAUGAAAGCUCUUCUCAGGAAUUACUGGAGCCACAGCCCAAAAAGCCAAAGAUGGUGAAACCUCCACCUGCUGAGAGAAAAAUAUUUAGAGCAAGAGGUUCCAAAGCAUCAGUAGGAAAUGGAGCCCAGAAGAAAAUAUUUUCAAGUCCGAAAAAGGCAGCUGCAGUAUACAAUGUGAGGUCAUGGCAGGCUGAAGAAGAGAUGGGAAGUCUUGCGCCUGCAGCUCCUAAAGAUGGUGAAAUGUCACCACCUGCGCUACCUCAGCCUCCCAAACUAAAGCCAAUGAUGAGGAGACCUGCCUCUGGAAGUGCGGGGAAACCUGGCCAGACGGAGAUGCCGAGGCUUACGCGGGCGGUUCACUGGCAACGUCAUCAAGAUGAUGAUGCUUAUACAUCUGUACAUGUUAGUAAAGAACAUAAAGAUUUGUUCACGGUUGUUAAAAAUGUAAAAGAAGCUCAUGAAUGUCAGGAGCAUGGUGAAACCCAGGAGUUUGAUGACGAUAUUGAAUAUCUGCUAGCAGGUAUUGAGUCAAUAGAACCUAUGUCCACAAGGUGCCUUAGUUGUGUUGGGUUAGCACAGAAAUGUACAAUACCAGCCUUCAGGAUGCAUCUACGAGCACAUGGCACAGUUACAAAAAUAUUUCAGUGUUUACAGGAUGCUGCUGGCGACCCUAGUUUAGCAUUGUGUACAUCAGCUCUCAUGUUUAUGUUGAGUAGAGACCGUCUUAACAUGGAUCUGGAUCAAGAAAGUUUAAAUCUUAUGUUGAGACUUCUAGGGGUGGACCAGCAGGAGGACAUGGUCACAACGUUGAGUCCGACGGCCGAGCGGGCUCUCAAACGCAACAAGGAUAGGGUGCUGGAAAUAUAUAAAGAAUUUCUUCAACAAUCUGGGACCAAACAAGAUUCUAUUGAUACAGAAUGUUUGUCAACUGGUAACCUUGCCAUGGAGUCAUUGUUGAGUUUAACAUCAAGACGGGCAGGUGAAUGGUUCAAAGAAGAAUUAAGGUCACUUGGUGCUUUAGAUCAUAUUGUAGAUACUGUUUGUUCAUGUAUAGAGGCAGUAGGUGAUAACACAAGCGUGUUGACUAACAGCAAUAUAGAAAAUCUCAAGAAAGUUGAUAGAUGUCUCAGGGUUUUAGAAAAUGUAACAUAUUUAAAUGCUGAUAACCAGAAUUAUUUGAUAUCAUAUAAAGACUCUUGUUUAAUACCAUCUUUAAGUAGAGCAUUAAGAACAUGUGAGGACUGUUUAUCGAUAUAUCCACUGAAAGACAAUGUUUCAACAGGGAAGGUGGAUAAGGAAUCUUUUGGCUGGGUUGUUUAUAGUUGUAUACUUGCAAUAUUACGGGUGCUGCUCAAUCUAACGCAUGAUAAUGAUACAGGUUGUAAAAAGAUAGGGGAGCAGGGUCCAGUCAUUGAGACCGUCUUACUAUGUAUACUUCAGUCACCACAAUAUGUCACAGUUGAUCUCAGAUUUGACCUUUAUGUACUAAGCCUUGGGCUGUUGAUAAACCUGGUUGAGCAUAGUGAUGAGAACAGACAAAAACUGUUAGAGAUGAAAACACGACCAAUGUUUGAAUGUGCAGAUCAAAAUACCAACAUGUUGGCUUAUCUCUCACUUGUUGAGGUAUUCUCAAGACGAGAGCAGUCCGCCCAACAGCUAGAGGAAGCUGAUGAACCAAAGACACCAGAAAAGUCGCCAAACAAGAGUGGUGAAUGGCGAGAAUCCGACUCCGGCAUGGAGUGGAUUAUAGACUCAGCCAAGAAAGACAAAUCAACGGUAAAAAAGAAAUCCAAACCUGGUGACGAGGACAAAGAUCUCGAUGAUGAGGAAACGUUUACUAAAGCAUUAUCCAAGGCUGGGAAGCAUAUGGAAAACAGUAUUGUAGCUGCAUAUGUGGCUCUACUUGUUGGCUGUCUAAUACAGGGUAACAAGGAGUGUUCAGAUGGUGUAAAAGAAAGUUUACCACAGCAGAACUUUGAUGGUAUGAUAUAUAUGUUGAAAAAAUUCCUGGGUUUUAUGAAUCUUACAAGUGGAUCUGGGUCAGCCGGGGGCAAGUCUAUAGAGAGAGUGAUAGAUGUGUUGGAAAAAUGCUGAAAUCCUCCAGUUUACACACAGACAUAUAUAUGCUGGCAUAAUUGUACUGAUGUACACAUACACACAUAUUUAUAUGCCAAUUUGACAGCAGAGAGUGUAGCAAAGCUACAUAUGUGUGGAACAAAUAAAAUGUUCCUACACAUUAUACAGGCACUCGCACUGUUACGCUCCAGUGAAUUUAAAAGACCACACAUAUAAGUGUCAUGUGUCAAGGUCAUAGGUCAGAACAUGGCUGUAAAAAUUCCAAGAUAAAUUCAUGAACACUGUGUUUAGAUCUAUGUAAACACAUUGAAAUAUGAAAGAAACAGUGAAAGAAGGAACUGUUGUUAUUUGAUAAAAUCUAGGUGUUCAAAUAGGGUUUUAUUGUGAUAUGUUUUAUGUUGAUUGAUUUUGAAGUAUAUUUUUUGUGUUAAUUGGUGCGGGAAAUGUUAGGGAGUGUCCCUGAAAGAGUGUAUGGAUCUCAAACUCUUAUUAUGUAACUUCUUUACUUUACUGGUUAAAUACUGGUUUUUAAGGUAUGGUUUUUUUCCUAUUUUGUAUAUUUAUUCUAUUAUAUUUAAGAUAAACUAUGCUCAUUCUUGAGUAAAAUAUUUUAAUCACAGAAAUAUGUUGAAAUCUAUGAAAUUUUUACCAAAUAUGUCUAAUUUAAAUAAAAGAAUGUAUAAACUAUAUAUGGGAAGCUGCAUUCCUUAUCACAGGUCAAGUAAAGUUGGUCCUUUCUUAAUGACACUAUUUAUUCAUAUUGUGACCACCUUACAUGUGUAGAAUUUUAAACAUAACAUAUCUUCUUUGUGUGAAGUCAAGACAUAUUUAUUUUAUAUUUAAAAAAGAUACUGUGUGGCAAUUAUCAAUAUUUUCUGUAAUCAAAUUUGAGCAUAGUAUAUCAUUAACAAUAUUUUUUGCUGAGAUGAAUUUAUGGAGUACGGUAUGCAAGCAAGUUGCUGGUAGUGUUACAAGACUUAAUCAUGUUUAUAAUUCAAUAAGCUCCUACAUGUUUUGUUUUAAUGAGAUAUAAAUGUAGGAAACAUAAUUGUGUUCAGAUGAUGACGAUGUUAUAUUCAGACCUAAUUAGCCAAAGACUUGAGGGGCUGGGGAAUUGUAUUUCCUGAAUUUCUAGAGCAGUAAAUAAAUAUAGAUGACAGGAAAGACAAAUCUGCAGGUCAGAAGUCAUCUUUGCCACGCCACCCCCAUACACCUGCCAAACACAUGUCACAGUUCCGUUCCCUUUGUUAACAAAUUAGCAUGUUAUAAAAUUAUUGCAUAUUUAUUUGAACCAUUUGAAAUGGUUUUGUAUUUUAUCUUGACAUUAUGCAAACAUUGAAUGAUUAUUGGUGAUAUAUUUUCUCUUUCAAGGGAGGUAAUUCUUCUGGCUAUAUUGCCUGAUUUGUAAACAUUGAGUUAAAAGCACUUUUUCAUGGUGGAAUAGAAUAUUGUAAAGGAUUUGAAAUGAUCUUUUUCUCUUGUUGUACACAAGUAAUAGUUUGUAGAUAUAUUUGGCUUAUUUAUGAAAUAAACUAUGGAUUUUCAUGGUGUAUUAGUUGAUAAUAUAUGGGUUGAAGUUUGGAAGAGUAAUUUGAACAAACUUAAACAUGUCCAUGAUAAAUAUGAAAUUUUUAUCCAUAUUAACAAUAGUCAGUGUUGAAAUUAAUCAGUUAUUUCAAGAUUAACAUGUCAAGCAUUUUGUGGAAUAAAAUUGAUUUAUUUUUUUUUGUGUUUUUUUUAGUAAAAAUGUAUUGCUGUCCACAUUUCCUGUAUGGAAGAUUUCGAUUCUCUUGCAUAUUUGUUUCUAUUAUUGUAGAUAGAUUCUAUUUGUAUAAGCUUAUUUUCUUCUGUUUUAUUUAAUGGUAGGAAUUCAUGUAAAUUUUGAAGUUUUUAAGAAUUUACAGCAUAAAAUUUCCAAGAAUUUUUUGAUAAACAUGAUAAGGCACUAAAUUCUUAGAGAGGUUUUAGAAUUUAUUAUGAUUUAUUUUGUAUAUUUUAAAUUUAUUUAUCUUUCACUAUAUAAAUCCAAGUAUUUUUUAUGCACCCAAAACUUUUUUUUUCUCACAGAGAAAUUUUUACUAAAUUAUCAGUAAGAAUAUAAUUUAUAAUAAUAUAGACCACAGCUGUUGUUGUGUAUUAUGUUUAUUUAUAGUAUUAUAGAAUUCUAGUAGAUAUUAAACGUUUAGACUGUAUGUUUGCAUAGAAAGUUUUAUCAAGAUAGUACAUACAUUUUUUUGACCUGUGCGGAGGGGGUAGGGGCGAUGGUUCUUUGUUCCUUUCAAAGGGGAUGAUUGAGUCGCAAAUUCUGUAAUGCAGGGACAAAUUAGCAAUAAUAUUAAUAUUAACUACUUUUUACAUAUGACAAAAGAAAGUAACUUCAAAUUCAAGGGAUGAGUAAUCCUUUACAGAAAUUUGUUAGUAUUUUUAUGAUUGAUAAAUAAAGUGAUUUGACUGAAGAAAAUUAAUUUGUACCAUGGCUUGAAAGAACUCAAUAAAUAAUCAAUAUUCUUUGAGGAGGAACAUUUUUGAAACAAACAUAUUUAUUUUAGAUGAUUGUGUUGACAAACCCGUAAAAAGCAUUACAUUCCCUUGUUAUGCAUAAUCUAUGAUAAAAACAUUGUCAAUUUUCUUAUUGUUUAUAUAUAAGAUUUUUAAUGAAAUGAUAUUUGUUAUUGAUAUGCCAAUACAUUAUAUUUGACACUUGUUUUACUUUAAUAGUUUAAAAGACAAAACUUUUUUCAUACAUGAGGGCCCCAGGUUAUAAAAGAAAUUUUUAAGUCUCAGAUUUUGAUCUUGGGGUACCUGAUUGGUCAAAAACCAGCAGUGACCGUAUACUGACCAAUGGAAAUCCUGAGAUUUGAGAAACGACAAAUGUUUUAUAACGUAGAUUUCUCUGUCAUUUUGUUUGUAUUCUCUAUGAUUUAUUUAAAUACUAUGAUGAUAAUAAUAUUAUCUUUAUCACAUAAACAUGACAUCAUUUGCGUUAUUCAAACAUAGUAAAAAAGCACACUAAUGUUUAUGUUUCACUAUAGGCGCGUCAAUGAAAGAAAGACUAUUUUACUUUCAACCAUUCUUAUUUUGGGUAUGUGAUAAAUAGAAUAUUAUAUUCUUGAAGGUUCAAUACUAAAUUUAUUGAAGUCAUUUAAUGAAAGAGUAUACACUUGCCAGAGGCUUGCAUAAUAUGAUACUAAUAUAAUAUUCAAUUUGUUCAAUGAAUUUAGUAUUGAACCUACACUCAUUCAAUAUCCUCUAUCAGAUUUUGUAGGACUAUACUAUCAUCAGUUUGAACGAAAUAUAUUUUCUUUUUGCAUAAAUGAAUGAGAAUUUGUUUAUUUUGAAAUUGAAUGAAGUUGACCUGUAUAAUGUUUUUUCAUUAGUCCAAUUUUAUUUAUGGUUUAUGAAAGCAAUAAACAACUUUUUAUUGGUCGCUCUUAACUUUGGCAUAAAAAAUUUUAGUCUUUUUAUUUUCUGGACAUUUUGAUCAUUCUAGAUUUUGUUGACACAGAGAUCACAAGAAUUUUGAACCAAGAUCAUGGAAGUGGAUGACGAAAUAGUCUGUCUGUAAGACUGUGAUCUUGUGAUUCACAUGCAAGUUGUAACCUUUCUCUGCAUAAUUAUUCUGUUUGACUUAGUCACAAUUAUUCAUUUGCUAUUAAAUUGCCCUGAAGACUUUGUUUAGUUGUUGCUCAAAUGGAGAUUUCACAUGAAAUGGUAUUUUUGAAGUAUUACGUCAAUUGAUUGUUUUUUGCAAGUUCAGCUCACUUUGCCACUGUCUUUAUAUUAACAAUUUAUUUGAAAGCUCUUGGCUAACGAGAUUUUUUUUGUUCAUCUUGGUCAUUUGGGAGCUUAUUAGAUAUUUAUUUCAAAAUUAACAGGUGUUGAAGUAUGAGGAAUUUUAUUGAGCUUAUGUUGAAUGCAUUACCUUAAUGAAUUAUGUUUUUGUUCUUUUAAUUUAUGGAAGAUUAUUGGUUUUAUUUUGGGUAUCGGCUCAUGUCCGAAAUAAUGCACAGAUUGGCACAAGGUGUCUAACACCAUAGUAAACUUGUUAAGUCUGUAAAUGAACCUUCACAGUGUUCAUGUGGCUUAAAUCCCAACCAAGUAAAGUAUUUAAUUUGUAUAUACCAAAUGUACAUUUAUUUUGUUUCUUAUAUUUAAUUUAAUGAUUAAUUUUUUUUUGUACAGACAAGAUCAGAUACUUGUAAGGAGAUGUUAAACAUUUAUUCAUGCCAGAGACUUUUUUUUUGGUUUAUUACUUAUUUGCAAGAAGAAAAAUGACUUGACAAGUGUGUCAAAUUUUGUACAAGGUUGGAGGGUAGGUUGAAGAAGAUACGUUAAUGUAUGAUAUGUUGAAAUAAUAGGUGUGAUAAAGUACACAUGCUGUAAAAGAUUGAUUGGAUUUCUGAGAGAUACAGUGGUACAGGAGAUGUUAUAUAUAAUACAUGUAACAGAUUACAGCUGUUUGUAGGAACUGUUUGAACACUAGGUACAAAAAUGUCUGCUACAUGUUAUCAAUCAUAUAUAGAGCCUAGCCAACCAGCUCAUCAUGACUGUACUAGGGGCUACUAUGGUGAUCCUUAGUCUGCUAGGGGCAGCUGAUUGUCUACCUAUGCAACCAGUGCUUGUUAACCCUUAAUCUGCUAGCGACAUAACAGUUUCUACUAAUGCUACCAGUGUAGACCAACCUCAUUUAGCACAUCCCCGUUGUCUGGUCAUGGCCUCAUUGUGCACUAUUCAGUACAUGUUUUGAAAAUUGAUAGUUCCUUAAAAUAUGGAUUGGUUUUGUCUAGAUUAAUUUAUAAAAAAGUCCAAUUAAGAUACUAGUAAUAAGCAAGGUAAAGGUUAUUUUAAGAUUCUUUCUUGUGCAUAUAACUAGCAUAUUACCAUAACAAAUAGACAACUCUAGUGUAUUAAUACAGUUUUAAUAUAUAAUAGAGCACACAUUAUGUAUAAUUAUCUAGGGUAUGUUUUAGAUCAAAUAAUUUAAUUUGCAUAUAAUGGGUUGUAUUAAAGACAUCUAUUUCAUAAAAAGCCCUUAAUUUUGUUUCAUUUAUAUGUAGUUCUUUGAGAUAUUUUCGUACUCCUGAUUUAAAACAACAAAACUGAACAUUCAGCAAUGUAAAUAUAAAGGUUUCAAGGUAAAAAAAAAUCAUACAAAUUUGAAAUGAGGUCAAAUGUAUGUGUGUGCAUGCUUGUGAAACAAUUUGUGGAAAAUAAUGAUGAACAAAUGCAAUUUGAAUCUAGAAUUUUUAUUUGGUGGUGUGUUGAAAAUUUUUAAAGUGAAAUGUUCAUAAAUAAAUGUAAUAUAAAUAUAGAAUAAUGAUGGUUUAUGAACAAUUUGGUCUAAAUGUUUAAUGAAUAAAUGUGAUUUGAAUAUGAAAUUCUGAUUGAAUCGCUUGUUUGUUAACAAUUUAUUGCAUGUGUUAAUAAAUGAAUGCAGUUUUGACUAUUUGAAUAUAGAAGUUGAUAAUGUGUUGAAAUUUUUAGUCUAAAUAUUAUUAAAUGAAUGCAAUUUUGACUAUUAAGGAAAUAGAUUUUGAUAAUGUGUUGAAAUUUUUAGUCUAAAUGUUAUUAAGUGAAUGCAAUUUUGACUAUGAAGGAAAUUGAUUUUGAUAAUGUGUUGAAAUUUUUAGUCUACAUGUAAAUGUUAAUAAAUGAAUGCAAUUUGAUUAUAGAAAUAUUUGAUAUGAACCUUGAACCUUGUUGUUUAGAUAGAUGGCAGUAAGUUGAACUGUUUUAUCUUCAUUAUUCCAUGAAUUCUGUGUAUAACAUUUAUAAUCAUACAAACAUUUUGUAAAUUAAUCACUCAUUAAACAUUUUUUCUGCAAAUAA